UUUUUUUUCUGAAGUUCUGAGUAAUUGUAACUUAUCUUGUGAAAAAUAAGAAUUUCUCAUACUUCUAGAUAACAAUGAUCUAUGAUAACAUCAGGAAAAACCUGAUUUAUUUAGAUAAUUUGAAUGAAAUUAAAGAUAUUUACGUGUUUUCAUUAGGAAUUACGCGAUGCUUUCGACAACGAGAAAGUCCCUCCAGGAAAAUCUCGAUUGAUUUUGGCAAUUGCUGUCCCUGCUGGACAAGAGUACAUAGACAAAGGAUUCGACAUCCCUAGCAUAUCGAAAAACGUUGAUUUUAUGAAUAUCCUGACCUAUGAUUAUCAUACGGCUUACGAACCUGAAACUCAUCAUCACGCUCCUCUUUUUCCACGUCCCGGUACAAGCCAAUGGGAAGAUGAUAAAAAGUUAACUGUGGAAUGGACCGUAGAUUAUUACAUUCAGCUGGGUGCCCCGAAGGAUAAGAUAAUGAUGGGUAUUCCUACUUACGGAAGGUCUUACACGUUGCUAGAUGUAAAAGAUAACGAGUUGGAUGCACCCACGGAUGGACCUGGAGAAACAGGACCUGCAACUCGAGAAAAGGGUUAUCUAGCGUAUUACGAGAUAUGCCAAUUCAUCAAAGAUGAUGGAUGGAUCGUUGAAGCACCUCAUCCUAAAGAAAUGGGUCCAUACGCUUAUAAAGGUAAUCAAUGGGUCGGAUUUGAUGACGAAGAGAUGGUUGCCGAGAAGGCUCGAUACAUUUUGGAUCGUGGAUUAGGUGGAGCCAUGAUUUGGACUUUAGAUAAUGAUGAUUUCCGUGGUUUAUGCAGUGGAGAAAGAAGCCCUCUGAUCACUGCAUUAAGGAGUGCUCUUUUCUCUAACACCAUACAAGGAAGUUCUAGUCAGAGAUCCGUUUCUAGAUCUGGAAGUUACGUGACUCCACUUCCGGUUCACUUUGAUGACGAAACAGAAGAAGAAGAAGAGGAAGAGGAAGAAGUGACUCAACCACCAGUUAAAUCUCGACGUCCUUCCUUACGUCGAUUAGGAGCUUCUUCGAAAAACAGGAAUAGAUUGCAAACUCCCGCUCCUCCUCCCACGCCAGAUCCCGGACCUACAUUUUCCUGUCCUGACGAAGGUUUUUAUAAUAACCCUAAAGACUGUCGAAAGUAUUUUUGGUGUUUAGAUAGCGGCCCGGCAAAUUUGGGAGUGGUUCCUCACGCCUUUACUUGUCCCUCCGGCUUAUUUUUUAAUUCUAAGAUGGAAGCUUGCGAUUAUCCCGAAAAUGUAGUUUGCAACGUUAAAACUCCGACACCAGCACCCACAAAACCAGCAAGACCUGUGCGUACAAGAACUAGAACUAGACAAAGAAUUCGAUCGACGACACCGAUACCGAGAACCACCACAACGAGUGAACCAGAAACAACCACUAAAGAACAAGCUAAACCCAGAGUUAAUAGUAGAAAACCAUCCGGAAGUGAUGAUGUUGCAGAAUUACUUCGUCUCAUCCAAUCUAUAGGUGGAGUAGAAAAACUUCAAACCAUUAUAGGAUCAAAAGAAAAAGGUGAAAGUAGAAAAGCCCGACAAGAUGAUGCUACAACGCAUUUUGUACCGGAUUAUGUUACUCCUAGGAGAUCGGGUGCAAGUGCCACGACUUCCGAAACUACAACUACAACAUUGGCAACGCCCAGUACUUCUUUGUCCGCUCGUCCUCCUCAGUCUUACAUACCCGUUUAUUCUCCACCUCCUUACAGACCAGCCACGUUAGAACAACCGAAUGGCCAACAAGAAGAAAGCGUGCAGCAACAAGUGCCACGACGUCCUCAGUUCGAUGCAAAACAAGAAGGCCCAUUAUUUCAAUACGUUGAACCUCCGAGGGCGCGUAAAGUGGAUAAAGAUGCUUCUAAUUAUCCAUUUGUUUACCAGAUGCCAGACAGAUCGCGCGAUAGUACCGAAACCGUUCCAGAAGACGCCACAAAAGUCACCGAAGGACCGUUUUCGUACCAAGCGCCCAAUCGAGAAACCACUCGUGCGCCAGAGAUCGUCUCUGAAAAACCUGCUUCACACGAAGAUCCAAACUCGUACCGCGUACCCUUGCGUGUUCAAGUGGGAAAAGUAGUAAGAAUUCAAAACGGAGAUGGAAAUGGAGGCGGGGGAGGUGGAAGGAGAAGAACAAGAGUAAGAGUGAGAACUGGAAGCAGACACGCUGCAGCCAAUGUUAGAAACGAAGAAAUUGCUGACGAGGCUAUCACUUCCAUCACUCAAACACCUUUAGAAGUAGUGGCCGUAAAUGGCGGUGGAAGAAUAGGGGUAAGAAGAAGACCGGUCACUAAUAAUGGUUACGAGAACGCUCAGACGGUUAGAUUGGUUGCUCGAAGGCCAAAUGGCGUGAGGCAACAAGCCUUAAAUGGAAAUGGCAAACAUUCCGGAGAAUUUGAAUAUAUAGCUGUGAGAAGAAUUCCUGCUGAUUCUGUAGUAGUCAUUGAAAAUCCUGUAGUUACCGAGGCUCCUGUAUUUACCACGUCCGCAGCAACAACUACAACAUUAGCACCUACUACUACUGCUGCUACUACUACUACUACUACUACGGAGGCUACGACGACAUUGGCUCCAUUUACGGAAAGAUUUACCACUUCCAUUCCUACUACGACCGAUUUUCCAACUACUAGAUCCUCUAUAAGAAGAUUUAGACCGGGAUAUCAACCACCCAUCUAUCAACCUCCAUUAUCGGUCCCUUCGAUAGAUGAUGAAACAACUGAAACCGUACAGCAAGUACAGCCUCAGCGAGAAGUACCCAUCACGGGGUACGUACCUCCAAUUACCACAACGACUAUCAUUCCACCUCCACGAAGCAGUGGACGUCGCAGAACCAACGGACGUAGACCUACCACGGCAAGACCUAUUACCACAACAAGAAGACCUACAACUACCACCACGAGAAGACCAAGAACAACACCUUCGACAGCGGAUGAUGUCGAACCUCUAACAAUAACGUCGUCGGGUGGAGUAGAAUGCAAUAAGCGUGGCAUUUAUCGCCAUCCCGAUGAUUGUAGUAGAUUCGUAGUAUGUGCACCCUCUUCUCGUUCUAGUACGGGAUUCAAAGGGAGAAUGUUGAACUGUCCUGCUUCUCAAAUAUUCUUAGAAGACAUAGGACGAUGUAUGAAAGGAGAUAAAGGCACAUGUGUCAAAACUAGAAAGUAAUAUUGACUUUACCUCGAGUGAGACGAGACUCUCUGCUCAUUCAUUUUCUUGUUUUUUGUAGCAUUUUCAACGUCAUCGACACAUUGAACUGUAUUCGUGAAUCUCCAUAAGAGCAAAUUCAAAGAAUAUAAGGCAUUCGGGCUUGAUAAUAAUCGGCAAAGGAGAUAUUUUCAGGCUUGUUAACAAGAGAAAUGAUUUUUAAAAAUACAUAUUUUUACAAUUUUAGAAUAUCAAAUAAUACACUCCGACAUUUCUUGAAUUUAAGGCUUGUUUCCUUACACAAAACGUUCUAAGAUCCUCAAAGAGCGCAUUAUACUCGAAGCUCUCAAUUUUAAAUCUAUUUAAUUUACUAUCUUUUAUUACGAAUGAUUAUAAUUCAUAUUAUAUAUUUAU